AUGAAUCCAUCACCAUUAUCAUUUAUCACAGCUCCGAUUAAUGGUAUUCGAUUACAAUGUCUUUUAGAUACAGGAGCUAGUAAUACAUUUAUUCACACAUCAACGUUAUCCAAAAUUCGACAUAAUCCAAUUAAACGAAUAAAAUGUAAGUAUACAUUGGCCGAUGGAAAUACCACAGUCGAUAUUGAUGGAGAAGUUGAAAUUAAUAUUCAAAUAGGACACAUUAGAACGAGUAUUACUGCAUUGAUAUCAAAAUCUUUAUCAACAUUAUGUAUAUUAGGUCAAGAUUGA